AUGUCUUCCGGGUCCUGGAUCACGUCUAGUUCCUGUUCACCAUCUGUGGUUCAAUCCUCAGAAGAUACCUCUGUAGCAGCAAUAUUUCAAUGGCUAAGAUUCAUCUUCCUCUCUCCCUGUCCUCAGAGAGCUCUGCUUUCCUCUGUUGACCUCUUGUUCUUGCUCUCACUCUUAGCAUUUUCAAUACAAAAGCUUUACUCAAAGUUCGUCUCCAAUGGCCACCAAAGCUCGGACCUCAACAAGCCCCUCAUCAGGAACAGCAGAGCUCAUCUCAGAACCACUAUCUGCUUUAAACUCUCUUUGACCCUGAGCGCUCUGUUAACCCUAUGUUACACUGUUGUUUGCAUUUUGGCAUUCACUAGAAACACUGAGUUGCCAUGGACACUCGUAGAUGGGCUAUUUUGGUUAGUUCAAGCCAUCACUCAUGCAGUGAUCACAAUACUAAUAGCCCAUGAAAGGAGAUUUGAAGCUGUUAAGCACCCGCUAUCACUUCGAGUUUAUUGGGUUGCAAACUUCAUUGUUAUUUCUUUGUUUACAGUCUCCGGAAUACUUCGUUUGGUGUAUGUCCAACAAAAUCAGGACCCUAGUUUUAGAUUGGAUGAUGUUGUUUCCCUGGUGUCUUUCCCUCUAUCAAUUGUUCUUCUUGUUAUUGGCCUUAGAGGAUCAACUGGGAUUGCAGUGAAUAGAGAAUUCGAACAAGGUAUGAAUGGAGAAAGCAAUUUAUACGAACCCCUUUUGAGCAAAUCCAAUGUCACUGGCUUUGCUUCAGCUUCCAUAAUUUCUAAGACCUUUUGGAUUUGGAUGAAUCCUCUGCUCAGAAAAGGGUACAAAAGCCCUCUAAAGGUUGAUGAAGUCCCAUUGCUUUCCCCGGAACAUAGAGCUGAAAAAAUGUCGGCUCUCUUUGAAUCAAACUGGCCAAAACCACAAGAAAAAUUGGACCAUCCAGUUCGAACCACAUUACUCCGGUGCUUCUGGAAAGAAGUUGCUUUCACAGCUUCCCUUGCAGUAGUGAGGCUUUGUGUCAUGUAUGUAGGGCCUGUGCUUAUCCAAAGUUUUGUGGAUUUCACCGCGGGAAAAAGAAGCUCGCCUUAUGAAGGAUACUACCUUGUAUUGAUCCUUCUAUGUGCAAAAUUUGUUGAAGUUUUAAGCACUCACCAAUUUAAUUUCAACUCCCAGAAACUUGGGAUGCUCAUUCGUUCCACUCUUAUUACUUCUUUGUACAAGAAGGGUUUGAGGUUGUCAUGCUCAGCCCGGCAGGCUCAUGGGGUUGGACAGAUUGUGAAUUACAUGGCUGUUGAUGCCCAACAGCUCUCUGACAUGAUGCUACAGCUGCAUGCUAUAUGGAUGAUGCCAGUGCAACUUGCCAUUGCAUUGUUCCUUCUGUAUAACAGUCUUGGUGCUGCAGUGCUCACAUCUGUAGUAGGAAUCAUGUGUGUUCUUGUGUUUGUUGUGCUUGGCACGAGACGGAACAACAGGUUCCAGUUUAAUGUGAUGAAGAAUCGGGAUUCAAGAAUGAAGGCAACAAAUGAGAUGCUUAACUACAUGCGUGUGAUCAAAUUCCAGGCUUGGGAGGAGCACUUUAAUAAGAGAAUUCUCGCUUUCCGCGAGUCAGAGUUUAGCUGGCUGACCAAGUUCUUGUACUCAAUCUCUGCCAAUAUUGUGGUUAUGUGGUGCACCCCAGUAGUUAUAUCAACUCUCACAUUUGGCACUGCACUCUUAUUGGGUGUCCGACUUGAUGCGGGGACAGUGUUCACAACCACAACCAUCUUCAAAAUUUUGCAGGAGCCCAUCAGGACCUUCCCACAAUCUAUGAUUUCAAUUUCUCAAGCUAUGAUAUCUCUUGGGAGGUUGGACCGUUAUAUGAUGAGUAGAGAGUUGGUGGAGGAUGCGGUGGAGAGAGACGAGGGCUGUGACAGUAGAACUGCUGUGGAGGUUAAAAAUGGCGCGUUUAGCUGGGAUGAUGAAAGCAAAGAAGAGGAUUUGAAACACAUAAAUUUGAAUGUCAAUAAAGGGGAGCUAACGGCUAUUGUAGGGACAGUGGGAUCUGGAAAGUCUUCCCUUCUAGCCUCAAUUCUUGGUGAGAUGCACAAGUUAUCCGGAAAGGUACGAGUUUGUGGCACAACUGCCUAUGUUGCUCAAACAUCAUGGAUUCAAAAUGGGACCAUUGAAGAAAACGUCUUAUUUGGUUUGCCUAUGGACAGAGAGAGAUACCAGGAAGUUGUCAGGGUUUGCUGCUUGGAGAAGGACUUGGAAAUGAUGGAGUUUGGAGAUCAAACUGAGAUAGGAGAGCGUGGCAUCAACCUAAGUGGUGGCCAGAAACAGAGGAUACAACUUGCCAGGGCUGUAUAUCAAAAUUGUGACAUAUAUCUUCUCGACGACGUUUUCAGUGCUGUCGAUGCUCAUACUGGAUCAGAAAUAUUUAAGGAAUGUGUGAGGGGUGUGCUUAAAAAUAAGACAGUUUUACUGGUAACUCAUCAAGUUGACUUCUUGCAUAAUGUUGAUCUUAUUUUGGUCAUGAGAGAUGGGAUGAUAGUACAAGGAGGAAAGUAUAAUGAGUUGCUAAGCUCUGGCCUGGAUUUCAAAGAGCUAGUAGCUGCCCAUGAAACCUCCAUGGAGCUUGUAGAAAUGAGCCCCACUAUUCCCAGCAAAAGUUCCCCCAGCCCUCAAAUAUCUCCUCAACCAUCUUCAAACCACCGGGAAGCCAAUGGUGCAAACAACUCUUUAGGCCAACCAAAGUCUGAUAAAGGGACUUCUAAACUCAUCAAAGAAGAGGAGAAAGAAACAGGCAAAGUGAGCUUGCACGUUUACAAAGUUUAUUGCACAGAGGCUUACGGAUGGUGGGGUGUGGUGUUGGUGUUGUCAUUGUCUCUCUUGUGGCAAGCAACUCUAAUGGCGGGUGAUUACUGGCUGUCCUAUGAAACUUCAGCAGAUCGUGCAGUGGCAUUCAAGCCAUCUGUGUUUAUAACCGUCUAUGCUAUUAUUGCUGCUAUUUCAUUUCUUGUGGUAUCGGUAAGAGCAUUUUCUGUGACGAUUGUGGGGCUUUCGACAGCUCAAAUUUUUUUCAAGCAAAUUCUUCACAGCAUCCUGCAUGCCCCCAUGUCAUUUUUCGAUACUACACCUUCUGGAAGAAUUCUGAGUAGGGCAUCAACAGAUCAGACGAAUAUCGAUCUAUUUCUUCCCUUCAUGUUGGGUGUUACCGUUGCCAUGUACAUCACUGUGCUUGGCAUCUUUAUCAUCGGUUACUAUCUUGCAUCAUCUCGUGAAUUAACUCGGCUGGAUUCAAUCACAAAAGCUCCUGUUAUCCAUCACUUCUCAGAAAGCAUAUCAGGGGUGGUGACGAUCCGCUCUUUCAGAAGGCAGAACAUGUUCUCCAAGGAAAAUGUUAAACGUGUUAAUGCCAAUUUACGUAUGGAUUUCCACAACUACGGAUCCAAUGAGUGGUUGGGUUUCCGUUUGGAGAUGCUUGGGAGUUUAAUUCUCUGCAUUUCCACUGUAUUCAUGAUCUUAUUGCCAAGCAGUAUUAUAAAGCCAGAGAAUGUUGGUUUAACUCUCUCCUACGGAUUGUCCUUGAACGGUGUGCUGUUCUGGGCCGUUUAUAUGAGCUGCUUUGUUGAAAAUAGGAUGGUUUCGGUUGAGAGGAUAAAACAGUUUACAAACAUCCCAUCAGAAGCAGAAUGGGAGAUAAAAGACCGUGUUCCUCCUUCAAAUUGGCCUUCCCAAGGCAAUGUCGAGCUCAAAGAUUUGCAGGUCAGAUAUCGUCCAAAUACACCCUUGGUUCUCAAAGGCAUUAGUCUAAGCAUCCACGGGGGUGAGAAGAUUGGUGUUGUCGGUCGAACAGGGGGCGGGAAAUCAACUUUGGUCCAAGUGUUCUUUAGGCUGGUGGAACCGUCAGGGGGCAAAAUCAUCAUCGAUGGGAUUGAUAUAACCACAUUAGGACUUCAUGAUCUCAGGUCCCGCUUCGGAAUCAUUCCUCAAGAACCUGUACUUUUUGAGGGAACUGUGAGAAGCAACAUUGAUCCAGUAGGAAUUUAUUCAGAUGAAGAAAUUUGGAAGAGCCUUGAACGCUGCCAACUUAAAGAUGUGGUAGCUGCAAAACCUGAUAAACUCAAUUCUUUAGUGGCUGAUGACGGAGGCAACUGGAGUGUGGGGCAAAGACAGCUUCUCUGUUUGGGUCGAGUCAUGUUAAAGCACAGCCGGCUCUUGUUCAUGGACGAGGCCACGGCUUCAGUUGAUUCACAGACUGAUGCUGUAAUACAAAGGAUCAUCCGAGAGGAUUUUGCUACAUGUACAAUAAUCAGCAUUGCUCACAGAAUACCUACAGUGAUGGACUGCAAUAGAGUUUUAGUAGUAGAUGCAGGACUGGCUAAAGAAUUUGACAAACCGUCCCGCUUGCUUGAGAGACAAUCAUUGUUUGGGGCAUUGGUUCAGGAGUAUGCCAACCGUUCAUCAGGACUAUAA